AUGGAGGCAUUAUGCAUUCAAGAUGAUCAGAUAAAAGCAUUCAAUCAUGUUCGUUCUGGUAUUAGAAAAGUGUUUUCUUUUGGGAAGUUUGAGGGAAUAGUUGGUGAGUUUACUAACGACGUUGUUCAGAGGUUGACGGACAAUCCUUUAAUCGAAAGAAUCACUCCUGACAUCGUUGUCAGUGCUGUAGAUUAUACAGUCCAGUCGGAUACACCAGCUCAUUUAGUAAGACUCACUCAAGAAAAUGCUGUUGACAAAGAAGAAGAUUCGGAAUACUUUUAUGAUACAGCUCAUUUAGGACAGGGAGUCAACGUAUACAUUAUUGAUACGGGAGUAUUUGUUGAGCAUCCGGAAUUUGAAGGAAGGGCUAUUUUAGGACCAAAUUUUUCUGAAGAUAUAAGACACCUAGACUAUGUUGGACAUGGUACUCAUGUUGCAGGUGUAGUUGCAUCUAAAACAUACGGUGUUGCAAAGAAAGCUAGAGUUAUAUCCAUAAAGUCACUAGACAGGUUUGGACUGGGUUCCCUUUCAUCCGUCAUCGCUGGAUUAGAAUAUGCAGUAAAUCAUCGUAAACAAGAAGAUGUUCCAGGAGUAGCGAACUUGUCUCUUGGAGCUGCAAGAAGCUCAAUAUUGGACUCCGCUAUAGAAGCUGCGGUUGAUUCAGGAAUGAUUGUCCUAGUGGCUGCCGGAAAUAGUAACAUGGAUGCUUGCAGAACGUCCCCAGCAGGAUCAUCCUACUCCUUAACAGUAGGAGCUAUUGACGACAAAAAGGACCGAAUUGCAGGAUUUUCGAAUUGGGGUCGUUGUGUGGACAUUUUCUCCAGUGGUGUUGAUGUGAUUAGUCUAUCAAAUAAUCCUUUUGAUUAUUCCCAGAUUAGGAAGAUGUCCGGCACUUCUAUGGCUAGCCCUGUUGUUGCCGGAAUAUGUGCUAUUUUAUUAGAGAAGGGAAUUUCUACUAAUGCUAUCAGAGGAGAGCUAUUCAAACUAGCAAUUGACGGAGCUAUACCUCGUACCAGCCUUCUUCUAAGGCCGGGAAGUCCUAACAUGAUUGCCAGUACAGGCGUCAGAGAAAAUAUGUUGAUGGGAAGACAAGUUAUCAAUUCGACGAUUCAUAUGAAAUCGAGUGCUACAGUAUAA